GGUUCCAUAUUGAAGUGCUGCAUCAAAAAAACAAAAAAAUCAACAAAAAAAAACAGAGCCGCGACUGUGACUAAAUGUGUUCGUGGGACUCUUCUACCUUACUCUGAUUUAUAAACUAGGGAAUUUAACGUCGAAUCAUCAGUAAAGGCAUCGUCUCAAGAUGGAUCUGCGGCUACUUUUAAUAGCAACGCUAUCAGCAGUCCUGAGUGGCAGCUGGGCCCAGCAAGAGGGAAGCAUAUGCAUCAAGGCCAACGCACAUUCAUGUGGGGAAUGCAUCCAGAUUUCUCAGACAUGUGGAUGGUGCACAGAUGAAAACUUCCUCACUGUGGGUGAGUCCGAGUCAGCCCGCUGCGAUGACCUCGAGUCCCUGAAGAAGAGAAAAUGUGAUGUGGCAAAAAUCGAGAACCCACGCGGAGGGAUCACCAUUGACGUAGACAAACCCGUUGGCGUUCGUCAGAAGGAUGUGGCUGAGAAACUGGAGCCCAAAGAGAUCACCCAGAUACAGCCUCAGAAACUCACCCUGACACUCAGAUCUGGUGAACCUCAGACUUUUCAGCUGAAAUUUAGGCUCGCUGAGGAUUAUCCCAUAGACCUGUAUUAUCUCAUGGACCUGUCCUUCUCCAUGAAAGAUGAUUUGGAAAACGUGAAGAACCUUGGGACUGACCUCAUGAGGGAAAUGCAGGAGAUCACCUCAGACUUCAGGAUUGGCUUUGGAUCCAUUGUAAAGAACACGGCGUUGCCUUACAGCCACUUCAGCUACAAGAACGUCCUGAAACUCACGAACCAGGGCGACGAAUUCAACCGGCUGGUCAGUCAGCAGCAGAUCUCAGGAAACCCGGACUCUCCAGAAGGCGGGAUUGGUGCCAUCAUGCAGGUGGCAGUUUGCGAGGAGCAAAUUGGCUGGAGGAAUGUGACUCGUCUGCUGGUGUUUUCCACCGAUGCCGGUUUCCGCAUCGCUGGAGACGGCAAACUGGGCGGCAUCGUCCUGCCCAACGAUGGGGAGUGUCAUCUGGAGAACAACAUGUACACUAUGAGCCACAACUAUGACUACCCCUCCAUCACUCAACUGGUCCAGAAACUCAGCGACAACAACAUCAAGACCAUCUUUGCCGUAACUGAGGAGUUCCAGCCUGUUUACAAGGAGUUAAAAAAUCGUAUUCCUAAAUCUGCUAUCGGCACUCUGUCCUCAAACUCCAGCAAUGUGAUCAAGCUCAUUAUUGAUGCCUACAAUUCGCUGUCCUCCGAGGUAAUCCUUGAAAACAGCCGCCUGCCAGAGGGAGUGUCUAUCACCUACAAGUCCAUCUGUAAGAACGGUGUUGAGGGAACGGGCGAGAACGGCAGGAAGUGUUCCGACAUCUCCAUCGGAGACGAGGUUUUCUUCAAUAUCUCCAUUGAAUCCGAGAAGUGUCCGUUUCAUGGCAGGUCUGAGACCAUUACAAUCAAACCUCUGGGCUUCACCGAGGAGGUGGAGGUGGUUCUGAAUUUCAUCUGCGACUGUGAGUGCACCAAACAUGGAGAGGUCAAUAGCGAGAAGUGUAACAAUGGCAACGGGACCUUCGAAUGUGGAGCCUGCAAGUGUAACGAAGGUCGCAUUGGGCGCAUUUGCGAGUGCAGCAUAGACGAAAUGCGCACAGAGGACCCGGACGCCAACUGUAGAAAAGACACUGGCACAGACAUCUGCAGCAACAACGGUGACUGUGUCUGCGGCACCUGCGAAUGCAAGAAGCGGGAGAAUCCUUCCGAGGUCUACAGCGGAAAGUACUGCGAGUGCGACAACUUCAACUGUGACCGCUCCAACAAUAAGCUCUGUGGAGGACAUGGACGCUGUGAAUGCAGGGUGUGCAUCUGUGAUACCGACUACACAGGCAGUGCCUGCGACUGUUCAAUGGAUACCACCUCCUGCCUGGCCAAGAACGGCCAGAUCUGUAAUGGCCGUGGUGAAUGUGUGUGUGGAAUCUGCAAAUGCACAAACCCCAAAUUCCAGGGACCAACAUGUGAGACUUGUCCAACCUGUCCUGGUGUCUGUCCCGAACACAAAGAUUGUGUGCAGUGCAGAGCGUUCGAUGCUGGCGAUAAGAAGGACACAUGCGAGCAGGACUGCAGCUACUUCCAACUGUUCAAGGUCAAUCAUCGCAACAAGCUGCCGCAGCCCACCGACCAGUCCUUCCCCCUGUCCCACUGCAAAGAGAGAGACGCCAACGACUGCUGGUUCUACUACACCUACGCUGUCAGGGAUGAAACCAAGGAGGUCUACGUGGUGGAUGAGCUAGAGUGCCCUGCUGCACCUGGCAUCUCCAUCUUGUGGGGACACUGAUAUUGUCAAGUUCUGCCUUGAUUUGUGCAGUUACUCCACUUGAAAGGGAUAGGUAUGUCUAUGCGAGUUAAACUGGAUUCCACUCAUAGGACCAAACAUUUUCUUCUUUACAUCAUCCAUUUUUAUUCAAUUUCAGUGGUUUUACAGACUUCGUCAUGAAGCAUAUAUUAUAAAUAGUGUACAUGUAUUGUACAUGCAAAAUCUUAUAUUAACCUUGCUCUCAACAACAGGAUAAAUAAACAAAUAAAUACCUACACAGUGCAUCCCUUCCCCUAAAGGUGCUAAAAUAAAUGUAUUGGUGCAGCUAAAGUGACCUGUUAUAAUAAUAAUGUGUAGCAGACAAUGUAACCAGCAAAUGUGUGUAUUAAUGAAAUAGUCUUAAAAAAUAUAAAUUCCAAUCAUUUGAAUGUAAGGCCUUAAAAUGUCUUAAAAUCUCAUAUGUCUUAAAUACAAUUUUGAAAGGUCUUAAAAAUGUAUUGACGAUACUUUUAUUUAAAGCAAACGUAUGAACUUCAGUCUUGCUUUUAAAUGUUUAAAUUUUUGAGGACCCUAUAACGUAACUACAAAACUAAAGCACCUGUGCAGCCCGGAAUUUAUCGAGCACAACCAGCUAGCUAGUAUGCUGCUGUGUUUUUAGAGCAGAGCAUAGCAGCGGAGAAAAGUUGACGGGACUCCACAGCAUCACUUGAGUUUUCUUUGGCCAAGUUGUGCUAAUACAACACUUACUAAUAAGUAAGUUACUAACAAGCUAACAAGCUAACUGCUCAGACUGUGAGCUGAAUAUUAUCCUUUACAUUAUAACCUAUUGCCAUACAGUAACGCUGGUUAUACAUGUAAAGCUGUGGUUGCUAGCAGCGCCGUGACUGAGGAGCAGCUAACCAGUUAACGCUGAGUUCUGAACAAAUAUUAGUUCACAAUAGAGAGGCUUCUUUUGUUUUUAAGUCAGGUUCAGCAUUUUGUAUUCCAAUGUGAAAGAACUAUGAAUAAAUUCAUAUACUUUGCAAGUAA